UAAAUGCAUUUUUAAAACACACCAGAUAGUUGUUCCCUGCUGGCUGUGACAAUAUGACAUCACUGCCAAUCUUCAGUAGGAAUAUUAGUUUCUAUAAAGUCAUGUUUCAGAAUUCAUAGUUGAUUUUAAAAAAAAAAGACAUCAUAGGAAACAAAAUGUUGACGAUAUUUAAGGCAUGUCCUGAACAAUAGGAAAAACAGAACUCAUGUGACCAACACAUCAACACUGAUGAAGGGACCAGCACAUGAUCAUGACUGAUGCAGUCUGUACUUCUGAUGGCCUGAGUGUAUUUCAUGAAGUCUGAAAGACUGGAAUGUGUUUGGAGUUCAAGAUAUGACUUGCAGCAUCUAUUUACAUCAAUGUAUCAUUGUCAAAUCAUGACACAGAUGUAUAAUUGCCAUCAACAAAUGAGACAGGACCAUUAAUUAUUUUUGUUGUAUGCUAUAGGCCAGUAGAAGCUGACAAUCCCCUCAGUAGAGGUCUCAUUUGUUUGUGGUAAGUCUGCCGCUGGCGCUUGUCUUGCCACUGUCUCAAAACAAACAUGCUAAUGAUUUAUUGAUGUUAAGAUGCAACACAUUCAAAUAAAUUGCAUUAUCAUUAAAAUGUUGACCCUUUGAACCACAUAGGUGUGUAUGUUUCCAUUUUGAGACAUUUCUAUUAAAGAUUAAGUUAAAAAUUAAUGUGCAGGUUGUUUCAUCUUUGAUCUCAGCCCUUUUUAUUAACAGUGCUGCACUUUCAUUGAGUAAAUGGUUGAGUCGAACGUUGAGUCAUAGUAUAAAAAUGCAUGUAUUGUCAACCUCACUCUGACAUUCUUGAGCCUGAGUGGAAGGCAAAGUCUUAUUUGAGUCAUACUGAAUUUGAUGAUGAUAACUUUAACAUUCUUCUCCACAGCUAAUGUUUACAUGCCAUUGAGCACUUUGCUCCCAACCACUCAUAUCACCAAACCAUCCCUCUAAAUGUCUGGGAUUUUCCAUGUCCCUAUACAGAUGGUGGAAACUGUCAGUUUGCAAGUUAUAUUUACUCUCAUAGUAUCUCUCUCUUUUGGACACGAGGUUAUUACAUAACAAGUUACAACACACACAAAUAGAGACCACACUGUAUUGUACGACAUUGUACAAGUUUGUCUUGGGACUAAUUUACAAGUUAUUACCAAAUCAAAUACUACUGUGAAUGAACAAUACUGUGCAAAAGUGUGGAUGUGUUCAAAAGUAGUGCCAUUAAUAAAAACAAAGUGCUGUAAACAGAAGAAACUUAAAUCAAAUCAAUAUUUGGUGCGACCAUGCUUCACCAUUAAAACAGCACCAAUUCUCCUUGGUACACUUUCAUGCAGUUUGUCAAGGUACUUGGCAGGUCGGUUGUUUGAAGCAUUUUAGAGAACCUGCUGUCACAAUGUACUCAUGUAGUGCCGGACUCACUUGAUGAUGUUGAGAUCAGGGCUCUGUGGGAGCCAUACCAUCUGUCGCAGGACUCCUUGUUUUUCUUGUCACUGAAGAUAGUUCUUUAUGACUCUGGCUGUAUGUUUGGGGUCAUUUUCAUGCUGCAGAAUAAAUUUGGGGCUGAUCACAUGCCACCAUUACAUAGUGGAUAAAAAUCUAAAGUUCUCUGCAUUCCAUUCAAGUUCUUCCACACCAUCUUUAUGGUCUUUAUGGACCUUGCUUUGGGCAUGAAGGAGUUGAUGUAGUGUUAAAAUUUCCCUUAAUUGUAACAAUGGUCCUAGCCCAAACCAUGAAAAAAAACAGCCAUAGACAGGCAUGUCCACAUACUUUUGGCCAGAUUAUACUUUUUAAAAGUUACUUGAUUCAGUAUGAAUCGUUCCUUGGUUCAUGGUCAAACUUUCCACCAAUUCUUCUACUUUACAAGUUUGUGAGACCUUUUUGAUUGUUUACAUUGUUGAUGAUAUAUUUCAAAUAUAUUCAAUGAAUGAUAUGGUGCUUCCCACAUGGAUCUCCACCGCCAAGGCUGAGCAACAACAGUCUAGCCAAAACCUCAUACUUAUUUAACAACAAGGGUUCAGGUUCACAGAGAGUGUGAGAGUUUUUACUUUCUUGUACACAUGUUGGUUCAUGUUUGAAUCUCAGAGUCCAAGCAUUGCGAGGCACGUAACCCUGUGUCGUAUGAUCAGCUGACAGGGCAGAUCCCAAGGUCCCACCUUUUAUAUAUAAAGAGGGCCUGAUCUCAAAUCAAGAAGUAUUCUGUGACUUACUGUUUGAUUAACAGGAUGAAUACCCUCCAGACUCUCUUUCUCUUGGCUGUAGGGCUCUCUGUCGGUGAGUACAACUGGACAAAAACUGUUAAUCUACACACAAGAUGGUUGUGAAUAGAUGUAUUUUUGAGCACAGUGUAAAUGUGGUUCUGAUUAUGCCUGCUUGUUGUGCUUCAGCCCAGUCUUUGGAUAUCAAGGCACUCACUCAGUUUAGGAGGAUGAUGCUGUGUGUGAUGCCUGAUAGCUGGCCUGUUUUUGACUACGCUGACUACGGCUGUUACUGUGGAAAGGGAGGCUCUGGCACGCCUGUGGAUGAUCUGGACAGGUGCUGCCAAGUGCAUGACCAGUGCUACCACGAUGCUAUGCAGCACCCCAAGUGCUGGCCCAUCUUUGACAACCCUUACACCGAGUACUAUGACUACAGCUGUGAUAAGGAGAACAAGAAGGUCACCUGUGGCAAUGACAACGACGAAUGUGAGAUGUUCAUCUGUGAGUGUGACAGGAAGGCCGUUGAGUGUUUUGCCAGAUCAACUUGGAACCCUGAGCAUGAGCACCUGCCCAGUGACCGCUGCGAAUAAAGACCUCUGCUGUAUCAUAUGAAGAGCUAUACAGUCACAUACAGUAUAAUUUCUGUAUGGGACAGUAAAUUACUUAUACUGUAAUUUUGGUGACCUAUAACUAUCCUUCAUUCCCUUCAUGUGCUGAAUCUCUUUUGUUGGGUUUGAAGAAUUCAUGACAUUAAAUACAAUUAGAUCUGCGUCUCUCAUUUUA